AUUACACAAUUUCUUCUACCAAGCCAAGUAUACGAAACACUCUGCCAGUCAGUUCCAUACUUGUUCAUCUUUGUGGGCAUCUAGUCACAAGGGAUGAAGCUCCAACUUUUUAUUGUAAGUGUUCUGAAGUAUUUGGUUCUUACCAAUCAAGAAGGAUGGGCACAACAGGCGGACGGAUUCGACCAGAGUUACUUGUAUGCCCUUCUCACCAAUACGACCCCUGACUAUGAGGAUGAAAUGUAUUCUCCCUGCAGUGAAACUUUGCCUGGAUUUAACAGUGUGGGACUGACCAUCACCUACAUUGUUGUGUUUGUCUUCGGCUUGGCCGGCAACAGUGUAGUUGUCUAUGUCAUUUGCUACAUGGAGAAAAGUCGAGCAAGCACAGACAUCUACUUGAUGCACCUGGCGAUUGCAGAUCUUCUCUUCACUCUGACCCUCCCCUUCUGGGCGGUCGAUGCUCAUUCUGGUUGGAUCUUUGGCACGUUCUCAUGCAAAAUCCUGUCGGGCUUUCAGGAGGCCUCAGUAUACAGUGGUGUCUUCCUGCUCGCAUGCAUCAGCGUGGACCGCCACUUUGCCAUUGUGAGGGCUACACGUUUAAUAUCCUCCCAUCACCUGUUGGUGAAAGCGGUGUGCUGCGUGGUGUGGCUGGUGGCUGGAUUGAUCUCCUUACCUGUGGCAAUACAUCGGGAGAGCUUGCAUUAUAAAGGGUUUGACCGGUUCAUUUGCUAUGAAAACCGAACAGGCGAAAGCAGCGACAGGUGGCGUGUCGGCAUUCGCGUUAUGCGCCAUACAGUUGGAUUUUUCCUGCCACUUGUAGUGAUGGCCCUCUGCUACGGCUGGACUGUGGUGACAUUGUGCCACACACGAAAUCAACAAAAGCAUAAGGCCAUGCGUGUCAUCCUGGCAGUGGUGUCAGCAUUUGUCCUGUGCUGGCUGCCAUACAACAUCACAGUACUGAUUGACACACUCAUUAAAGGUGGAUCGCUGAAAGUGGAGACGUGUGACACUCGCUACAGAGUUGAGGCCGUUCUGAAUGUGACCCAAGUGUUGGCCUUUCUGCACUGUGCAGUGAAUCCGGUGCUGUACGCCUUCAUCGGACAGAAGUUUCGAAACGAGUUGCUCUCGGCUCUUCACAAACACGGCCUCAUCAGCAAGAGGAUCCUGAUGUCUUACAGAUCAGGCUCGGUUAACAGCGCAGGGAGCAGCAGAUCUAGAAACACAUCUGCCAGCUCCUGGUAGAGCAGCUUUUGACAGUCUCAGGUGGUGGGCAUUUCCCACUUCAAAGAGUAAAAUAAAAAAGAACAUUAGAGUAUAACUUACCCAACAACCAAUACAAUAAGGUCUAGAAGAAUGACAAAAUAGUAAUAAAGGUUAGCUUACAAAAUAGGAAUCAUAAUCUGUAUUCAUAAGUCAUUUACAGCUGUUGUACAUUUUCUGAAUUCUAAGAAAUGUCACUUGAAUGUCUGUAGCUAUGAUAAAGAUGGUCAAAAGCUAAUUAGCUUAGCUUCAUAUAAAGACUAAAACAGGGGUCAAUGGCUAACCUUGUUUCAUCCAAAGGUAGCAAAAUUAACUUUUUGUAAAAAUUAUAAUGAAAAUGUUUUGGGACAUUGUAUUUUCUUGGUAGGGAACUACCGGGCCAGCCGUCCAAGGCUUUAUGCUGUGUUAUGCUUACUAGUAUUGGCAUAAGCCUUAAAUUACAAAAAACAAGUUGUGGGGUAUCUGUUCUCACAAAUAAGCUGCAAAAAAAAAAACUGAGUAAGAUAACAUGUCAAUGCUGAAGUAUUCCUUCAAUCAAAUUAUCAAUCAUCGGACAACAUUUUACAGUGAAGAGUUGAGUCCUGUUACGAUUGCCAUGAUUAAUUCCACCAAAAAUUGCUUACAUGGCUGGUAUUUGCUUCAAAGCAUCAGCUGGAUGUCUAAUUUAGCACCUUGUCACAUCUCAGAUGUGUUUCUUAUAUGCUCUAAUGUCUUCGAUGCUGAAUGAUUUAACUUUGUUUGAAGCGUAAUUACGUUAGUCCAACAAAUUGGCACUCCUAUGUAACAUCAUGUGAAAAAAAAAUCAGCAGUUAAUGGAGGAAAAAGUGACAUAUCAUCAAAGUAGUUAAUUAAACAGCUGCAGAGCUUCUGACUAAAUUGGUUGUAAACCAAACUACAGUAUUAUUUCUUUGAGAAUAGCCGUAGACUGAAUGUUAUUGAUGAGCCUGUAUUAAAAGAGCUUAGCUGUUCAUUUAAACUUUGUUUUAGAGGAAGUUUUUUUUUUUUAGAGGAUGUUCCCACGUCACAAAGAAGAAAAAAUAAACUAGAAUUUUACGCAAACAGGUGUCUUAACCAAAACAGGAAAGGUGGUGAAAUCUUGUCUUUUUUGCAAAAACAAGGUACUUUAAGUCUCUUUGAUGACUCAUAUCAAUUCAAUAACAUCUGCAAGAUAAGUAUAAACAUGACAUUCUUCUUAUUAAUUAAUACACAUCUUCACAAAUUUUGCAGCAAAAGCAAUUGUUGCAAAAACAGUGAUAGGAUAUUUGUACAUUAUCUCGUGAAUAUAAAAUCAAUGAUGUCUCUUUUUAGUCAUUUUUAGUUUCUCUGUGUUAAAAAGUGUUUUAACUGUUGGUCUGAAAGGCAAAUAUAAAGACAGCCUACCUUAGACAGUAUACUGUAUGUAGCGCAGUGAGUGCUAAUUCCCAUUCAUCUACAGAGCUCAUAUACGAAUAUUCAAGAUAUGGCCAGAUAGUGAUGCUGAUAUGUGAUGGUGUGAUGCUAAUACAUAAUUUGUGAACUUUC